GAGAAAAACAAAAUCCCCAAAAAACCUGGCGAAGCGGAACUUCACUACUGAGAAUUAGACUAUACUCUCUAUACAGCUUAAAACUCUUCUCUCUCUCUUUCUCUGAAAACGACGAACAAAGUUGUAGGAAAUUUUUAGUUUGGGGAGUUGAUGGCAUCCAAGCUGGUUCAAUUGCAAUCCAAGGCUGCUCAGGCUUCACAGUUUGUGACCAAGCACGGAUGUGCAUACUACAAGCAGCUAUUGGAGCGAAACAAGCAGUACAUUCAAGAACCACCCACUGUUGAGAAAUGCAACCUUUUGUCAAAACAAUUGUUUUCUACUCGCCUUGCCAGUCUUCCUGGGCGCCAAGAAGCAUUCUGGAAGGAGCUUGAUUCUGUCAAGCAGCUGUGGAAGAAUAAGCACGAGCUUAAGGUUGAGGAUGCUGGCAUUGCUGCUUUGUUUGGGCUAGAAUGCUUUGCCUGGUUCUGUGCUGGUGAGAUUGUAGGUCGAGGAUUUACAAUCACAGGCUACCAUGUUAAGUGACGCAUCAGGACAAACUGCCUCUGAAGUUGAAUUGAUUGAGCUUCUCAUCAUUUAGUCUUUUUGUUUUAAUAACUAUCCUCUUCUGUCAAGUGACUACAACAUACAUGUUACAGUGUUAUCCUGCGAGAAUAUGAAACUGUAACAAAUUCAUUAGCCUCAAUAAUCUUCCAAUUUGCAUUUCCAUCUA